AUGUCGCGGACUCUCCAAAUUCUCGGCGCUUCGUACGUCGAAUCGUUACUUCUGGCGAGAUAUGCGCCGCGGUUCUCGCUGGGGACGUUCACGACGGCGUUCCUGCUGUUCUUCCUCCAAUUCGCGGCUUUCAUCUUCUACCGCAUAGUCGUGUACCCGCGCUUCUUCAGUCCGAUCCGGCAUAUUCCCCAAGCGCCCAAUGGCGACUUUUUCCUGGGGCAGACGAGACGGGUUAUUAAAGAGGCUUCUGGGGCUCCGAUGCGGGACUGGACCGCCAAUGUGCCGAAUAAUGGGCUGAUUCGAUAUUCGAUCUGGUUCCAGGAACGACUCCUCGUUACUACGCCGGCGGCUCUGAGCGAAGUCCUCGUGACGAAGAACUACGACUUCAUUAAACCGCCUCAAGUCCGCAACGGAUUGGGGAGAAUCCUUGGUGUGGGAAUACUCCUCGCUGAGGGCGAAGAGCAUAAGAUUCAGAGGAAGAAUUUGAUGCCCGCCUUCGCCUUCCGCCACGUCAAGAACAUCUACCCGGUCUUCUGGAAAAAGGGCCAGGAACUAAUCGACUGCCUCUCCGCCGCCUCCAAAGCCAAGGACAUCGACGAACACCACAUCUCCGACACCGACAACCACAGCACAGAGACAAAACAUGAAGCAGGCGCCAUCGACGUGGGCAACUGGGCGUCCCGCGCCACCCUCGACAUCAUCGGCCUCAGCGGCAUGGGCCAAGACUUUGACAGCCUGCACGACCCCACGAACAAACUCUCCAAAACCUACCAAGACGUCUUCAACCCGGGUCCCACCGGCCGCCUCCUCCAGCUCGCGGGGCUCUUCGUCCCCUUCUGGAUCGUUCGUCGUCUCCCCAUCAAGCGCAACCACGAAAUCAACGGCGCGGCCGAGUACAUCAAGCAAGUCUGCCGGGACACGAUCGCGAAGAAACACGCCGCGAAAGAGAAAGACGCCUCCGCCGUCGGAAAUGACAUCCUCUCCAUCGCGCUGGAAUCCGGCGGCUUCGCCGACGAAGACCUCGUCAACCAAAUGAUGACCUUCCUAGUCGCGGGCCACGAAACCACCGCAACGGCCAUGAUCUGGGCGCUCUUCAGCCUGUGCAAACAACCCGACAUCCAAGCCAGACUCCGCGAGGAAAUCCGCGCGAAUAUCCCGUCGUCCUCGUCCGACAUCACCGCCGCGCAGAUCGACGACUGCCACUACCUCCAAGCCGUCACCAGCGAGGUCCUCCGCCUCUGGUCCCCCGUCGCCCUCACCCUCCGCGUCGCGGAGAAAGACACCUCGAUCGCCGGGGAAGUCAUCCCCAAGGGGACGAUGAUCAUCCUCUCGCCUUGGGCGACGAACACGAACGCCGCGCUGUGGGGCGACGACAGGAUGGAGUUCAAGCCGGAGAGGUGGUUGAACGCGGAUGGGAAGGCGAAUAGCAAGGGAAGCGCGGAGUCCAACUAUUCGUUUUUGACGUUUUUGCAUGGCCCGAGGAGUUGUAUCGGGCAGAAGUUUGCGCAGGCUGAGUUUGCGUGUUUGUUGGCUUGUUGGGUGGGGAGGUUUGAGACGAGGUUUGAGGAGGGGAGCCCGUUGAAGGCGGAGGGCAUGCCGGAGAUUAAGGGGGGUGUGACGUCGAAGCCCAAGGGCGGGUUGUGGUGUAAGUUGACGGAGGUGCCUGGGUGGUGA